AUGAAUGAUGACCCAGGAGUAGCAUUGUGGCUAUGCCCGAAAAAGCAUACAGAACUUUAUGAGAAGCUUGAAACGGUUAUGGCCUCACUACAGACACUUUUCCCUGGAACGCCACCAUCAUUCGAACCACAUGUGACCAUUUCUACGAACAUUGAUAUUGCUUUAGACGACCCUGAAAAACGGCACGAUGAUGUUGACCGAAUCUUGGGUGCGAGUGUUGCAGCGUUGCAGUCGAUCCCCGCCACAAGUACAAAUAGCCCCUUAGUGCGAUUAGGUCGAGUUGGCACCCAACGGUCCAAGUAUAAAAAGUUAUAUUUCGAGGUGGCGCCGGACGCCAAUUUACUUUCAUUUGCUCAAAUAAUUCGCGAGUUAUUUGUGGUUUUACCUCAAUUGGUGGAAAGAGAAAACCAAUUAAUUAACCCACAUUUGUAUACUGCUGAUAAUCACGGGAACCGCAUACGAAGAGCAAAGCUGCGUAGUAGUAAAAGAGCUUCUUCCACCAGUGAAAAGGAUUCCGUCCCAACCAAACAAAUCAGUCUACAACCAUUACAAAACGAAGCUUCAUCCGUCGCUGCGCAAUGGAGUAAAAGCGAGUUUUUUCCCCACUUAUCAAUGGUGUAUAGCGAAGUCUAUCCCAUUGGAAGUGCAAUGUGGAGAACAAUUACCACACGAAUCCAAGAUUAUUUGGGUAUUGAUAAUUGUGAUGAUCCUGUAGUGGAAGAUACUGGCUUAGGUUGGAAUGGGGGUGUUCUUAAACUUGUAUUAUGUCGUGGUGACCCACAGGACUGGAUUGAAUUAGGAAGCGUGGAUGUUUAA